AAAAGAAGUAUAUAAGCCAAAAGCUUCAGCUAUUACACCAAAGCUUCUCUUUCUUCUUAUUCUUCUUCUUCCUCUCUCUCUCUCUCUCUCUGUUUCUAUACUCUGAAUAUAUAUAUAUAUAUGGAUAUGGAGCAACGACGGUGCGCAGAGUUGGAUAUGGACAACCUCCGAGCAAUCAAAGUACUAGGAAAGGGAGCCAUGGGAACUGUGUUUUUGGUGUAUGACCGGUGGCUCGACCCCUCUGCCCGCUGCCCCUUCGCCCUCAAGGUGGCGGAGAAACACUCUCUCACAGGAAAGCUCGACGCCGACCGCCGCGCCCGGUGGGAAAUCUCCGUCCUCUCCCGCUUAUCCCACCCUUUCCUCCCCACCCUCCUCGGAUCCUGCGAGACCCCCGACUUUCUUGGCUGGGCCGUCCCCUUCUGCCCAGGCGGCGACCUCAACAUCCUGCGCUACCGCCAGACCGACCACGUCUUCUCGCCGGCCGUUAUCCGCUUCUACCUCGCCGAGAUCCUGUGCGCGCUCGAGCACCUCCACGCCAUGGGCAUCGCUUACCGCGACCUCAAGCCCGAGAACGUCUUGAUCCAACAGUCCGGUCACGUCACCCUCACGGACUUCGACCUCUCCCGGAACCUCAAGCCCCGGACCUUCAAGCCCAUUCCCGACCCCGUCGAGCCCCGCGACAGUUGUUGCCGGAGACACCGCUGGACGCCGUCGGGCAAGAACGGGUUGAGGAAGGCGAAAAGCGCCAGAGUCUCACCGAUGAGUCGCCGGAGAACGAGCUUCGAAGCCGGCGAGAGGUCGAACUCUUUUGUCGGAACGGAGGAGUAUGUCUCGCCGGAGGUGGUGCGCGGGGACGGCCACGAGUUCGCCGUCGACUGGUGGGCCCUGGGAAUCCUAGCCUACGAGAUGCUCUACGGGACGACGCCGUUUCGGGGCAAGAACCGAAAGGAAACUUUCCGUAACAUCCUGAUGAAACCGGCCGAGUUCAUAGGGAAGCCGACGGCAUUAACCGAUUUGAUCGGACGGCUGUUAGAGAAAGACCCCACCCGGCGACUGGGCUACGGCCAGGGCGCGGCCGAGAUCAAACGGCACCCCUUCUUCAACGGCGUCAGGUGGGACCUACUUACGGAGGUGCUCCGCCCGCCGUUUCUUCCGUCACAGGAGGAAGAGUAUCCCAAAGAAAGCGGCUUCGACAUAAAGGAUUAUUUCACAAAACUGGCCUUACCGGCGUCACUUCCCUCGUCGCCGUUGCGGUCACCGUCAGUUGGAGAGCGUCCACAUAACGUUUCGUUAACGGAGUUCUAACGACGUGUAAGCAUUUUCAUUUUUCCUAUCUGUAAUUGUAGCUUUGUAUAUAUAGAUAAAAAAAAAGAUAGUGAAUAGACAUAAUAUAUAUUAUUAUUAUUAUGAUUAUCAUUAUAUAUAAAACACCUCACCCUCCAUUGGAUGCAUGUUAAGGUGAUAUAUAAUAAAGCUUCAUCCCAUUGAUCUUA